CCUCUCCCAUGCGGUCCGAAAAUUUAACCCACGUAUGCAAUAAUUUCAGGAAGUGCGGGGGAGAGAUGUACCACAUCGACCGCAUGAUGUCAGAUGAACGAUCCAGAAGGAGUCAAACUGGUAUUCGUUGACUCUUUCUUGAAUUCAAGCAAUGAGAUCGGCCACGUGUUGACGAGCAAGGAGAGGAAUCCACACUCUACACACCCACCCACCUCUCUCUCUCUCUCUCUCUCUCUCUCUCAUUAUUCAUUUCUCAUUUUCUCCUGUAGACAUCUCUCUUUUAUUUUUUCUCUGUUCUCUUUUCUCUCUCUAGAUUCGAUUUGGGAGCGAUGAGCGACGCCAUUGAAGCUUCCACAUCGUCUUCAUCUUCGCCCAGAGAGUCAGUCUUCAUCCACCCUAGGCGCGAGCCCUUCGAGCAUGGUCUCCUCCCAAUUCCCAAACUUAUCUUCACCGACCCCAACGCAACCCUAGCUCCGUUGCGCGACAAGCUCGUAGCCGCCGCCGCCGACCAUCCUACUCGACGGGUCGACUCGAAGGCGCUCUCCGAUGCUCUCCAGAUCUCGCUCGACCAUGCCCGGCUCGUUGUGGACACCCUCACUUCAGUCCUCCAUGACGACGCUGACCCGCUUGUUAGGGCGAAGUCGAGCGAGAUUGACGCGGUGGGGGCCGAUGUUUAUGAUCUGAUUCUGUUUCUCUAUAUUCAGUCCUAUAAGAGGUUGCUUCCCCGGACGCAUAAGGAUUCAGCGGCGGUGGCGGAUGUCUGGCCGUCGACGUCGGCUUUUGAUGGGUAUUUGUCAGCGUUGUCGCCACUCCAGCUUGUCCGCAGCAACAGCCGGAGGUUUAUGCCUUCACAAGCCGAUGAAGAGGCUCAUCAAUUAUCCUAUUUACAAAAGCACUUGGCUAACAUCCUUUCACUUUUGGCAGAGCCUGUGGAGGGGGAAGGCGAAGAAUCUCUGGUUUUGACCAUGGAAAGAUUUGAACACCUUGGGUUUCUGAUUCAAUUUGGUGAAAAAGGAUCUGAAGGAGUUACCUUGAGCCAAGCUGCUCCAUUUUUUGCAAAUUCGGAUCCAGACAUGCCUGCUGUUCCUGUUCCUGCAGCUCAAGUUCAUGAUUGGGUUCUACAAAAUAUUGCUUCUGCUUUAGAACAUAUAUCUGAAAGAGUUUCUGCCAAAGAAAAUGGGCCUCCUAAUGCAACUGAUCAGGAUGUUGCUAUGGCUGAUGCUUGUGCGAGUUCAAUGAAGUCCCCAAAAAGUGCUAGGGGUCCUAGUUUUAUUGAGGGAAUCUCUAAAUCAUCAUAUGUAAAGCAAGCACCAGAUCUAAAGGGGUCUUCUUUAAAGGUUCUGAAUUGCCAUGAUUCUGUCAUUUACAUUUUAGCGCCAUUGAGAUUUGCCACCAUCUAUGGAUGCUCUGAUGCAACUAUAGUUCUUGGAGCAGUUGGCAAGGCUGUACGAGUUGAACACUGUGAACGUGUUCAUGUGAUUGCUGCGGCAAAACGAAUCUGCAUUGCUAAUUGUCGGGAGUGUGUGUUCUUCUUGGGGGUAAACCAGCAACCACUUAUUGUUGGUGACAACCAUAAGUUGCAGGUUGCACCCUACAAUACAUUUUACUCACAGUUGGAAGAGCACAUGAAUCAAGUUGGAAUUGAACCAACAGUCAACAAAUGGGAUGAACUUCUAGCACUGGGAGUGGUUGAUCCACAUGAUUCAUUAUCUCAUCCGGCAGGUGUCUCUGAUAUCCAAGCAGAAUCAGCUACUCGCCUAGACCCUGACCAGUUCACAAAUUUUUUGAUUCCAAACUGGUUUGGAGGCGAAUCUGCUGGGACUACAAAAGACAACCCAUUUCCAUUACCUGAUGCAUAUAUGGCAUCUCAGCAGAGAAAUCACAAGAAUUUAGGGGAGAUUAAGCAAAUUUUGAGGGAAACGCCACUUGAAGAGAACCGGAAGCGGGAAUUAUCAUGUGCACUCCAUGUAUUUUUUAAAGACUGGUUAUAUGGUAAUGAUCGGUUCUUCAUUAUUUGUUGUCUGACUUAUAUGCUUAUAUAUGUUCUUGCUGCUGGAAAUUUAAUUUGCUUUUUCUGUUAAAACAACAUGCUUUAUGAUCCAUCUUGAAAGUUUCACUUAGAUUGAACCAAGUGAAAAGUUUUUUUGAACAAAAUAAUCCAAUUAAAUGUGAUCCAUCUAUCUUUAAGUAUAUUCACACUGCAUGCUAUGCCAUAUUACUGAUUAUUCAGCUGAUUUAAUUUUGGCUGUUGAUCAUAGUUAUGCUCCUGUUGUUCGCCAUUCUUGAUUUAUUUGUAUUGUUGUUAAAACCAUCAAAUUAUAUAUUGAAUUUGUGUGUCCCAUAGAAAGGCUAACAAGGAUGUAUUUAAUCUUGUGACUCGACUCCUGCACUUAAGUUCUGGCAACAUUGGAUGCAUUUUACCUGAAACUUACCCCCCUCAUUUUCAUCUACCCUGUCAUGUUGAGAUUUUUGUUCUGUAUUUGCAAUUAGGACUUCCAGAACUGGUGCAUCCAUUGAAUGAUACAUUUGCAUGGAUCUCUCAUUUGCCUAAAGCAUUGGAUCAAUCGAGUUAGGUGGGAUUUAACUAGUUUGUUCUGUUGAUAUGACAGCUUCCGGAAAUAUCCGUCAGCUCUAUUGCCUGCAAGGUGACUGAAAUUGCAUGAUGGUGCCGUGGCACAAUCAAGGAGUAAAACAAGAAGUUUUUUGGCUUUCUGUCACUUUCAACCCUCACAAAUUCUUCUUCCUCAGUUCUGUUGGUAGUGUAGGUAGCUGAGCAUCAUGGUCUUUGUAAUUGGUGGCCCUUUUUAUGCAUUGAAACUGGUCCGUGGAAUGCGACUAGGGAUACAUUUCCUAAUCUUACUGUAAUAUUCUUUGGAAAAAAAAAAAAAAAAAUCUUCCAUGUAAUAUUUUGUUUACUUAGGUUUGAGCCUUGUGAAAGUAAAAAAUUCUGGAUUUCUUUAA